AUGCCUCCCAAACGCAUGACGGCCAACCCGGCGCGGCCUCUGCGCCACCGCGCCGGCAAACCCGGCGGCCGCGAGUCGUCGUCCGACUCUGACGAAAGCAGCGACCAGGACGAGCAGCAGCCGCCGCAGCCGCCGGUGCCGCCGCCGCCAAAGGCCGCCAGCGCAGCCAGGAUCGCAGGCGGCGCGCGGCACGAGCCCCAGGGGCAGGCGGAGCGCAGACGAGCAGCCGCAGCCGCAGCAGCAGCAGCAGCAGCAGCGGAAGCAGCGGAAGCGGAGCGCCUCGCCGCCUCGCAGGGCUUCGUGACGGAGGAAGAAGACGCCAACGACUCUGGAGGCAGCCAAGACGACGACGAAGACGAUAAUGAUGAUGACGAAGCCGACGGAGAAGAAGAAGAAGAAGAAGAAGAAGAAGAAGAGGAAGAAGCACCCAGGAGACUGAUGCUGCGCCCCAAGUUUGUCCCCAAAAGCCAGCGCGGGCCAGCCAACGCCCCGACCCCCCGGGACGAAGAGCAAGCCCGCCUCGCCGCCCGGCAGGCCGAGCAGGCGGCCCGCAAACAGGCCACCGACGCCCUGGUGGAGGAGCAGAUCCGCAAGGACGUGGCGGCGCGCGCCGCCGGCAAGAAGCACUGGGACGACGACGAGAACCCCGCGUCGGACGUGGACACGACGGACGGCGCGGACCCGGCGGCCGAGGAGGCGGCGUGGAAGGUGCGCGAGCUGCGGCGCCUGCGGCGCGCCCGCGCGGCCGUCGAGCAGCGCGAGCGGGAGCUGGCCGAGCUGGAGCGCCGGCGCAACCUGACCGACGAGCAGCGCCGGGCCGAGGACGCGGCCCACCUCGCCCGGCAGCGGGGCGAGCGCGACGCCCGCGGCAGGAUGGCCUACAUGCAAAAGUACCACCACGGGGGGGCCUUCUUCCGCGACGAGGCCGAGGCGGCGGGCCUGCGGCAGCGGGACAUCAUGGGGACGCGCAUCGCCGACGACGCGCGCAACCGCGAGGCCCUGCCGGCGUACCUGCAGCGCAGGGACAUGGCGCGGCUGGGCAGGAAGGGGGCCACCAAGUACAGGGACAUGAGGUCCGAGGACACGGGGCGCUGGGGCGGGUUCGACGACGACGACGACAACGACGACGAGAGGCGGCGCCGCGACGCGGGGGGCCGGGGGGCCAACGCCCUGCCGCUGGGGGGAGGGGGGCGCGGCGGCGGGAGCAAAGGCGGCGGCGAGGGCACACGCAGGAACACGUCGAGGUCGAGGUCGAGGUCGAGGUCGAGGUCGAGGUCGAGGUCGAGGUCCCCGCGGCGAGGGGCCCGCGACGAUGGCUGCAGGAGCCGCAGGCGGAGCUCGUCCCGCGAUGGGCUUCGCUACGCAGAAAAGAGGCGGCGAGUCGACGACAGGUGA